AGUGCUCUGUUCAUUGUUUCAAAAGCGGACCAAGCGAACUCUGAAAGAGGAAGCAUCCACCAUCAAAGAAGUACAAGGCUUUUUUUCCAGAAUUUUCCUGAUAGAAGAACGCUUGACUCUACAUCUUUUCAUUCAUACUUUCUCACGGAACCUGUGCUAAAGUCAUCAUGUCUCAGCAGCAGAUCAGCCUCCCAGCCAAGCUCAUUAACGGCGGCAUUGCCGGCAUCGUUGGGGUUACUUGCGUCUUCCCCAUUGACUUGGCAAAGACCAGACUUCAGAACCAGAGAAAGGGGCAGCAGGUCUAUAAGAACAUGAUGGACUGCCUGGUCAAGACAGUUCGAUCAGAGGGAUACUUUGGAAUGUACAGAGGUGCGGCUGUAAAUCUGACUUUGGUCACACCCGAGAAGGCCAUCAAGUUGGCUGCUAAUGACCUUUUCCGCCAUCACCUCUCCAAAGACGGAAAGGGGCUGACGGUGUUCAAAGAGAUGCUGGCGGGCUGUGGCGCGGGCAUGUGUCAGGUGGUGGUCACCACCCCUAUGGAAAUGCUCAAGAUCCAGCUGCAGGACGCCGGCAGGCUGUCGGCCCAGCAGCAGAAGCCGGGCCUGAUGGCGCCCACCAAGCUGGUGGCCACCAACGCCGUGCUCAGCCGCUCCUACAACUCCUGCACCGCCGCCGCCGCGCCCAGGGCGGCGUCGGCCACGCAGAUCGCCAAGGAGCUGCUCCGCACGCAGGGCGUCCCGGGCCUGUACCGCGGCCUGGGGGCCACGCUGAUGAGGGAUGUUCCCUUCUCUAUUGUUUACUUCCCUCUGUUUGCUAACCUGAACCGCCUGGGCCAGCCCGGCCCUCAGGAGUCGUCCCCCUUCUACUGGGCGUUCCUCUCCGGCUGUGCUGCGGGAUCCACGGCGGCGGUGGCCGUCAACCCCUGCGACGUGGUGAAGACCAGACUGCAGUCCCUAAACAAAGGGGCCAGCGAGGAAACUUACAGUGGCGUUCUGGACUGCGUGAGUAAAAUCCUGCGGAAGGAGGGGCCCACGGCUUUCCUGAAGGGUGCAGGCUGCCGGGCCCUGGUCAUCGCCCCACUGUUCGGAAUCGCACAGGUCAUGUACCUGGUGGGGGUCGGGGAGUACAUCCUGGACAACUCCCCGCUAGGCCUGCUGUCGGUGUGAGGCCGGACGACUGACCGUGCGCGGGUCCCGCUGGGACAAGCGGCAGCUACAAACAAUCAGUUUACAGCGGAGGAUGAGAAGUCCCGUCUGAGCGAGGCGCAGAGCGAGACCUGCGCCUUUUUGUCAUCGGAACCCUCCGACGGCUGUGUUGCACUUACACACUUUUUAAAGAAAUAUUAUUGUUUUUUGUUGUGACUCGGAUCAAUUCGGGCCGUAGCUGAAGCGGUCGGGCUUCAGCGUUUGGGGACUCCUGCAGUGUUAAUCUUUCUUUGUCCCCAAGCACUCCUUUUCGGUUUCCCUCUGUGAGGGAGGGAGCUCACUCCCCCUUUUUUUCUUUUUUUUUUUUUCCCUUUUCAUAUCUUUUUGUACAAGUGUCCUAGUUUUAAGAAUGCAGCAGUGACGUUCUGCUUUUUGGUGUCUCAUGAUUCUACGCCUUUAACUUUCAAUUGAUCUCUACUUGAGUUGUAUAUCGGAGUCCAGUUUACACAAUUGAUUGGAUUUUUUUCUCCAUCAAUAGCUGGGAGUAGUUAUGGAGCCCUCUCGGGACCACACAGUUCACCUAAACAUUUAAAAGGUCCUCGUCUCUAUGAUAGUCUGCUGCUGUCAGUGGUCCAAAAAAACAUCUGUCUUUUUAUAUUUCACAUCAAUAGAUUAUCAAUUUUUAAUUUCUUUACGUAGUAUUUAUGUUUUUACAAGGAUUCCUGAUCUAUUUACUGAAGAAUAUCUACAACUUUUGGUCAAAGGUCCAGACUGGCUUGAUGUCAGGGGUCCAGUCCUGAACCGAGCGCUUUCAUUGAUACUGUGAGAAACCACUGUUGCUAUACUGUCUUUGUGGUGACUUUUUGUACGAGCUGUUAUACAUUAAAUUUGCAGUUCACCCUC